AUGGUUUUCAUGAAUGGACUGGGAUCCGACCCUCUGUCAGCAAAGGAGGCAGAGGGCCCUCCGGUUCAAGUUGAACCAGUUGAUUUGAGUUUACGCUCGCCGCGCGCAAGCACUUCGCACGCCACCACCGCCAGCAGCAAAACCUACAGCAGCAGCAACAGCAAUAAUAGUAACUACAGUAAUGGCAAGCAUUCGGGAGCAUUCUCAUCCUCUGUCUCUGGUUAUGCAACUGGCGGUGCUCCCACGUUGGGCCCCUUUGGGCGGCACCAACAACAACAACAACAGCAACAACAACAGCAGCAGCAACAGCUGUACGCUUCCGGUGUCUCGAAGCUGCCAUUUUCGCCAUUCUUUGCCGCAUCGCCAUUCUUUUUUACCUAUCGACGGAUUAGCAAGCAGGAAGACAACAACAACAGCUGCAGCUACAACAAUGGCAGCAGCAGCAGCACCAGCAACAGCACCAGCAACAGUGCCACCAGCAAUGCUCUAAUGCAGGACUAUGAUCGCAAGUUCAGCUUGUUGAGUCUCUUCAAGAAUCCCUACAAGUUCACGGAUGCACAAACGCCUCGAAAAUGCUCCACGUCCAACAGCAGCAGCAGCAGCGGCAGCAACAACAACAAGGCAGCCGUCGUAGGAGCAACAGCUGCUGCUGCUGCUGUCUGUUCGCCCAGCUGGAAGAGCUAUACGGGUGCUGGAUCUCCGCAUGCGGCACUGAAUCCUGCCUUUGGUGGCAUGGCUCUGGGUGGCGGCAGCACGCGCAAGGACAGCAGCAGCUUUAGUGGCAUCAACUUUGGCGGCAGCGGUGGGGGCAGCGGCACCACAUUCAGUCGCGACACCGCUUCCAAUGGCGGCUACAAUGAUCUCUCCAAGAACCGCAAGGUACACAAAUGCGACACCGAAGGCUGCGACAAGGUCUACACCAAAAGUUCGCAUCUCAAGGCGCACAAGCGCACGCAUACAGGUGAGAAGCCGUAUGUGUGCACCUGGGAGGGCUGUAUCUGGCGCUUUGCGCGCUCUGACGAGCUGACCCGACACUACAGGAAGCACACGGGAGUGAAACCGUUUCGCUGUCAGCUGUGCACCCGAAGCUUCAGUCGCUCCGAUCAUCUGUCGCUCCACAUGCGACGACAUUGAGAGCCAACGGCCAUAUGGAAAUACUCACUAUAGCCCAGAUGCCACAUAGCAUACAUAGGAAAAAAAUAUGCCCCAAUGAGGCCGCUGAUGUCAUGUCACAAAUUGUUCGACGUUUCUCCUUAUUAUUUAUA